GCAUCGUUCCUUUUGUCAUUCAGGUACCAAAGCAGAACAUUUGGUGCGAUAAAAACCCACGUUUUCUCGGACUUUUUGGCAUUUUAAUUGCGUUCAGUGAGUGUUAAACAGUGCACUUGUGUCCCCCAACUCUCGUUUAGAUAAAAAAUCCGCCGCAAAUCAACAGCAACAUGAGAAUUUACAAGGAUAUCUUCACCGGUGACGAAAUGUUCUCCGACUCAUUCAAAAUCAAGUUGAUUGAUGACGUAUUGUACGAGGUACAGGGCAAACUUACCCAGAGAUCACAGGGAGAUGUGCAACUCGAAGGCGCCAAUCCAUCUGCCGAGGAAGCUGAUGAGGGUACCGAGACUGCGGUCGAAUCCGGUAUCGACGUUGUCUUGAAUCAUCGUCUCGCCGAGUCAUAUGCCUUCGGAGACAAGAAAUCUUUCACUCUCUACUUGAAGGAUUACAUGAAGAAGGUCCUCGCUAAACUCCAAGAAACACACCCCGAUCAAGUUGAGGUCUUCAAAACGAACGUCAACAAGGCCAGCAAGGAUCUCCUCACGAAAUUCAAGGAUUUGCAAUUCUUCACUGGCGAAUCCAUGGAUUGCGAAGGUGCCGUCGCCAUGGUUGAGUACCGCGAUGUCGAUGGAGAGUCCGUACCUUUCUUGUAUUUCUUCAAACACGGCUUGGAAGAGGAGAAAUUCUAAAUUCUUCUGGAUGAGAUUCGAUGAUGAUCAGAUAAUAAGAUAAUAAAAAAAAAAUAUUUUGCUUACACAUAAUUUAUUUCAUUCUCAAUUUCAUAUUUUUGUUUUAAACGAUCAAUCAAUAAAAUUUUCAGUUUAAUUCUUUUUUACCGA